UUGAUAAUGACUGAAGAUAGAUACAAAGAACAGGCUACAGAGCAUGGAGGUGUACCAGCAACUCUGAAUUGUGCUCAGAAAUGAAAUUCCUUCGAGAGUGGCAACAUACCAGUACAACGCAACAUUACAGUUCAUCUGAGUCGAGUACCUGGCCAACUAGCAACCCUUCAAGGAACUGCACUCCCACCAUACUAAAUCCCAAGCCUAAUGUGGCCCCUGCUGGGCUUGGUGCGUCGCCACCCUUGGGUGGUGAAUGUGGCCGCUUAUGGGACACUGUUUUCAGCAGCAGAUGUGGCCCAGCAGGUAUUAGCCAGGCCACAUCUGGAUGCUUCUGAGCAAGGAUAUUUGGAUCUGAAGCAGACAGGAAAAGUAGCCCUGGUGGGAUUCAGCUUCCAUGCCAACUUCAAUUAUUUCUGGUUCCGGAGUCUGGAGCGCCUUCUUCCAGGAACAAAUGUGGCCAGAGUGAUCGCGAAAGUCACUUGUGACCAGGCCAUAGCAGCGCCACUCACAAUUGGAGCAUUUUAUGCUGGCUUGUCUCUCCUGGAUGGGGAAAGUGACAUUUUUGGGAACUUGCGGGAAAAGUUUUGGCCAACAUACAAGACUGGAGUGCUCUGCUGGACUUUAUUCCAGACAGUGAAUUUUACUCUUGUUCCACCUGUGCUGCGUACGGCCUACGUGGGCGCCUGCUCUUUCCUGUGGACGGCUUUUCUCUGCUAUCUGCGCCAAAAUGAUGCCCAUGAUACCACCUCCCGAAUGUUCCAGGCACUGCCAGGUUUGGCAGGGUUCUUUCCGUCUACAAGAAAUGAAAAUGGAGUAAACAUGCCUUCUGAGAGAUAAUGAAGGGACUCAAUAAAUCCUUAUAUUGUUGAUUAUA